CUCUCUCUCUUUUUUUUUUUGCUCUAAGCCGGGGCUGGGCUUGGAGCAGAGGAAGAAAGAGAGACAGACAGACCGCGGGGUCGCCUUUGCUCCCCGUUUCUGCCGUUGGCCAGCAGCCUCCGGACCAGCUUGCCCGUUUCUGCAUCCUGCAAAGAGCCAGGUUCCUUUCUGGACACCCCUGGCCAUCAAAGCGGGCAAUUCCUUGCAGUUUCUGGUCCCCGAGCGAAAGAGCGAUGUCUUAUCAGGGGAAGAAAAACAUUCCGCGCAUCACGAGCGAUCGACUUUUGAUCAAGGGUGGCAAGAUCGUGAAUGAUGACCAGUCCUUCUAUGCAGAUAUUUAUAUGGAAGAUGGGUUGAUAAAGCAAAUAGGCGAGAACCUGAUUGUGCCAGGAGGGGUGAAAACCAUCGAGGCCCAUUCCAGGAUGGUGGUGCCCGGUGGCAUCGAUGUGCACACCCGUUUCCAGAUGCCAGACCAGGGGAUGACGUCUGCCGAUGACUUCUUCCAAGGGACCAAGGCCUCCCUGGCAGGAGGAACCACAAUGAUCAUUGACCAUGUUGUUCCUGAGCCCGGGACCAGCCUGCUGACAGCCUUCGACCAGUGGAGAGAAUGGGCAGACAGCAAGUCUUGCUGUGACUACUCUUUGCAUGUGGAUAUCACAGAGUGGCAUAAGGGAAUCCAGGAGGAGAUGGAAACACUGGUGAAGGACCAUGGCGUCAACUCCUUCUUAGUGUACAUGGCCUUCAAAGAUCGCUUCCAGCUCACAGAUUCCCAGAUCUAUGAAGUCUUGAGCGUCAUCCGUGACAUUGGUGCCAUUGCCCAGGUUCAUGCUGAAAAUGGCGACAUCAUUGCAGAGGAGCAGCAAAGGAUACUGGAGCUGGGAAUCACUGGCCCCGAAGGACACGCUCUGAGCCGGCCUGAAGAGGUCGAGGCUGAGGCUGUGAACCGGGCGAUUACCAUUGCCAACCAAACCAACUGCCCGCUGUAUAUCACGAAGGUGAUGAGCAAAAGUGCUGCUGAGGUCAUCGCCCAGGCCAGGAAGAAGGGCACCGUGGUGUAUGGGGAGCCCAUCACAGCCAGCUUAGGGACGGAUGGAUCUCACUACUGGAGCAAGAACUGGGCCAAGGCAGCGGCUUUUGUCACUUCUCCGCCUUUGAGCCCUGACCCGACCACUCCUGACUUCCUCAACUCCUUGCUCUCUUGCGGGGAUCUCCAGGUCACUGGCAGUGCCCACUGUACCUUUAACACUGCGCAGAAGGCUGUGGGAAAGGAUAACUUCACCCUGAUUCCUGAGGGCACCAAUGGGACUGAGGAGAGGAUGUCUGUCAUCUGGGAUAAGGCUGUGGUGACCGGAAAGAUGGAUGAGAACCAGUUUGUGGCUGUGACCAGCACCAACGCGGCCAAGAUUUUCAAUCUUUAUCCCCGGAAGGGCCGCAUUGCUGUGGGCUCUGACGCUGACCUAGUCAUCUGGGACCCUGACAGUGUCAAAACCAUCUCAGCCAAGACUCACAACAUCUCUCUCGAAUACAACAUCUUCGAGGGCAUGGAAUGCCGAGGCUCGCCACUGGUGGUGAUCAGCCAGGGGAAGAUCGUCUUGGAGGAUGGCAACCUCCACGUGACCGAAGGAUCGGGCCGCUACAUCCCUCGCAAACCUUUCCCUGAUUUUGUUUACAAGCGCAUCAAGGCCCGGAGCCGGUUGGCAGAGCUGAGGGGUGUUCCCCGAGGCCUCUAUGAUGGGCCGGUGUGCGAAGUGUCCGUGACUCCCAAGACAGUGACUCCGGCCUCGUCUGCCAAGACUUCUCCUGCCAAACAGCAGGCCCCGCCCGUCCGGAACCUGCACCAGUCUGGAUUCAGCUUGUCCGGUGCCCAGAUUGACGACAACAUCCCUCGCCGUACUACCCAGCGCAUUGUGGCUCCCCCAGGCGGCCGUGCCAACAUCACCAGCUUGGGUUAGAGCGUCUCAGUCAUUGAGCAGCAGUAGCAGGCUGGGAAAGGGGGGUGAGGGGUGGGGCACCUGAGGACAAUGGGUUUUGUUUAUUAUUAUUAUUAUUGUUAUUUUUUAGAGCCUGUGAUAGUUACUGUGGGGCAGCCAGUCCAUGGGGCUUCCUUCUGGGCCCCACACUCGGUCCUCCUUACCCUGAUGUUACCGAUUUUGCUCACCCGUGUUUAUCCACUUCUGAUAGCAUUACAUACAUGUUCACACACCGACUCCAGAGACAGAAUGUGACCUGACACCUCAAGGGUGCAAGACAAAAAGUAUGAAAAAAUCCCUACCACAACCAGGGUAGUUUUCCUCCAGGGUCCCUGUUGUUCUCACGAACACCUUUCUUUUCCUAAGGGAAGGAUGCAGUGAAUUGCCCGAGAGCUGCCUUUUUUUUUCCUCCCUGAGGAGGGGUGGGGUUUGGGGAAAGUGGUUUAAAAAUAACGUUGGGGGAAGAACAGAUCAAAUAUCAAUGAAUUGAGACCCGUGUUUGACAGCUGAGUGAAUCAGGUUCGUAGACCAGUAGUCCCCCACGCAGUGGCUCCAGACCAUGUCCAUUGGCAUUCCAUACAUUUCAGUCUGGGUCAGCUACUGACACGAGGCAUCAUUUCUCUUUGUCCUGGAUUUGGCUACAACAUGUAUCCUUUGAGGUUCCCCUCUCUCCUCUCUGGCUUUUUGUUUUGUUUUGUUUUACAGAACAUUUUAAGUUGCCUCUCAUUGGCUUCUGAGAGACAGCAUGGCACAGUGGGAGUAGCACUGGAUCUCAUGGCAGAGGCCCUGGGUUCAAGUCCCACCUCUGGCCGUUAUUACCUGUUUGACCUUGGGCAAGUCACUUAACUUAUUUGCCCCUCAGUUUCUUCGUGUAGGAUGAAGGUGUUGGAUUAGACAGUCUCUAAGGCCCUUUCCAGCCCUCAGGAGAUGAGACUAUGGGUAUUUGUUUUAGACAACAUUUUUCUCCGUGUCCCAGCUGCCUCUCCCUAUCGCUAUCCCUGCCACUUUUCCAUUGUUGCCAUAGGAACCUGGCCUGGGGAAAUAAGAUGCUGCCCCAUCACUCAGAAUGCUGAGUUGGCCCAUGUUAUGCAAGAUGCCACCAAGCCACCCAUAGUAGCCAUUGCUAUUUGAUUCAUUCUUUUCCAGUAACAGGGAUGGGUUGGACUGAGCUAUCCCUACUCUCUGGCGCCCCCUUGGUGAGAGGGUGAGGGGGAGAUACAGUCUGUGGCUUUGGAAAGUGGGGUUUUCCCCUGAUCAAAGCUAGCUGCCUACCAAGGGCAUCAAGCUGCUGUCCAAGGUCUCAUUAACACCAUAUGCUAAUUGACUGGGCUAAGUCAUCCCAAGGCCAGCCACCAGAAUAGAACAGAUGGAUGAAUUGGAGGCUGGUUUGAUAGCAUUCUCCAAGCCCCAUUUAAUUUGACCUGGAGGCAUGUUUUGAGGAGUCAGGACCUACUGAAGUUUCACUCAUUGGGAAUGGGCCCCAGUAGAACAUCGUGGUGCCCAGUUAAACAAUUUUACCUCAUGGAAGUCAACUUGGUGGAAUAACAAUGCAUAGAGGCCUUAGAAACACACACACACACACACACACACAAUACCCUUGGGAAUUUUGACACAGGGAAGUCUCUUAAUUGGCAAAAUGGAGGAGCCAUGCCUUUUUUUUUUUUUUAAACAAAGGGCGCUUCAUUGCGCAUUGACAUUUGCAAACAUAACACAACUUUGGUGGAAAGCAACGUCUGGCAAACUUCUUUCUAUGGGCCAAGCUUGAGCCUAUCGGUCACCUCACCUUAGCACUGCCUAGCGUCUUGGUGUCUUGGAAUAGUUUCCAUUAGCUGAAUCCCCUCCCCUCCUCUCAGUUUCUUUUGUUACCUUGAUAUGUGUGGCCUUUAUUUCUGUGUGUGUCGACAGGUCCUCUUAAAGGUGUAUCUGAAGGUUCUUAAAAAAAAGAAACCCAAUAAAAACAAAUCUGCUUUGAGAAAGUGUAAAGAGUAAAUCCUUUGUAGCCAGUCCACUCAUCUGUCCAGACAUAUCGACUUGGGAUUGUUUUUAUUGUUUUUUUUUCUAUUUUUUAAAGUAAAAAAGCACUUUAAAAAAGUAAUUGGUUAACUUAAAAAUUUUAUAGUUCCCCUCCCUGACCCCCUGUUUUUCCUUUAUCACCUGCACUUGAAGGAAAUUGGAACAAGGUGGAAAAACCCUAAAGUCUUGUUUCCAUUCUCAGCCGUGUUGGCAGCCUCUCUCAGCAUUCACUUAAAUCUUCCCUUUUUCCCUCAUACUCAUAACUUUGAGUUCUUUCGUUGUUCUAAAAGACAAAAAAGCCCACAAACAAACAAACAAGCAAAAUGCAAAACAAAAACCCUAAUGAUGUUUGCAGGCUAUGUAAGCAUGUUCCCCUGUCGGCUUGCUUUUUGUGUCUGUUUAAUGAAUGUCCUAUGUAAAUGCUAAGAGGAAUUGACAAUGAUUUGGAACGGACUAACUGCAGUGACUUGAUGCUCUAAGACAUUGUAGGAUUGCGGAUAGCUGGAUUUUAACCCUUGGAUUUGUGAUUGUGAACCAUGAGUGAAGGAGCUGUAUGUGCUAAAGCUGAUCAUGUGUGUAGACAAACAGUGCUUUUUUCCCUCUCUUUUUAUUUUUUACCACUGUCUUAAUGGCAAAUAAUUAUGGUAAAAAAAAAGUCGUGUUUAUUAUUCCUUAAGAACUCUGUGUAAUAUUACCAUGGAAACGCCUAAUAAAGACAAAUGUUGUUGUUUCCGG